AUGUCCCGGGCCUGGUUGAAAGCGGCGGCGCUGCUCUGGCUCGUCCCCGGGUGCCUGGGAGCCGCGGCCCGGCUGUACACGGAGGAGGACCCGCUGGUGAUCCUGGGCAGCAGCAGCCUGAAGCCCGCCGUCACCAACUCGUCCUCGGCCUGGCUGCUCCAGUUCUACUCGUCGUGGUGCGGACACUGUGUCCAGUUCUCCGGCUCCUGGAAGAGUCUGGCUCUGGACGUCAAAGACUGGCAGCGGGCCAUCAGUGUGGCCGUACUCGAUUGUGCUCAGGAGGAAAACUUUGACGUCUGUAAAGAGUACGGCAUCAAGUUCUACCCAACAUUCAAGUAUUUUCGAGCUCACGCUGCAGCGACUGACAGAGGGACAACCUACAGAGGUGCAGACAGACAGAUCCAGUCAGUGAGACAGUUGAUGGUGGACAUCCUGCAGAACCACACCAGACUGGACUGGCCUGAUCACUGUCCACCGCUAGAACCAUACAGCUCUGUGGAGCUGCUGCCUCUUUUAGGUCAAAGGUCAGAUCACUACACGGCCGUCAUCACAGAGGAACCAGGAUCGUACGUUGGACGAGAGGUGAUCCUGGACCUGCUGCAGUUCUCAGGUGUGGAGGUCAAGAGAGCUCUCAGCACGGAUCUCCCCCUGCUGGACGCUCUGAAGAUCACAACCUUUCCCUCCAUCUACCUGCUGCAGCCCAACGGGACACACACACACCUGCACGUUGAGAAGCGUCUGCGUUUCUUCUUCUCCUCUCUGCUGAAGACGUUACCUGGAGUCCAGCGCAGGUUGAAGUCAGACGGCAGCCCUUCCAGUGUUGGCCAGAUGGGGGCGCUGGCAGACAGACAGAGCACAGAGCCGUGGAGAGACUUCAGCAGGUCGACGGUGUACUCAGCUGAUCUGGAGUCAGCUCUACACUACCUGCUGAGAGUCGAACUGGCUACCCAUAAUUCUCUAGAGGGGGAGGAGCUGAAGGUUUUCAAGGACUUUGUCACUUUGGUUUCUAAGUUGUAUCCUGGUCGGGGUUCGGUGGUGAAGCUGAUGGAGACUCUCUCUGAUUGGCUGCUCAGUUUACCGCUGCAGCGAAUCCCCUACCAGGCCGUCCUUGACUUGGUGGACAACAAGAUGAGGAUCUCAGGUGUGUUCUUGGGGGCGGAGCUUCGAUGGGUUGGUUGUCAGGGCAGCAGGGCGGGGCUACGAGGUUACCCGUGUUCCCUGUGGACUCUGUUUCAUGUUCUGACCGUCCAACACGAUGCCACGCCCACUGCUCUGGAGAACACAGGUCUGGAGAGCGAGGCGGCACCGGUGCUGCAGGUGAUGCGUCGGUACAUCAGGACGUUCUUUGGCUGUGAGCAGUGCGGCCGACACUUUGAGCAGGCGGCGUCCGUCAGUCUGGACGCAGUGACGAGCAGAGCGCAGCAGAUCCUGUGGCUGUGGAACCAACACAACAUGGUCAACGACAGACUGGCAGGCUCUCUGAGUGACGACCCCCUCUUCCCUAAAGCUCCUUGGCCGAGCCCCGCCCUCUGUGCUUCCUGUCACGAGGAGAAAAACGGCGUCCAUGUCUGGAACCAGGACAACGUCCUCCGCUUCCUUCGACGUCACUACGGCGCCUCCAACCUGUCCCCCAAAUAUACCCUCACCCUCCCACGACCCCCUGCUCCUCCCGCAAACCCCGAUCCUGAUCCGGUUUGGACCGCUCAGCCACAGGAUGAGCGCCGAGACGGAGACAGGAAAGAGGCGGAGUCUGGACCCGCACACUGGGCCCAGAGGGGGGAGGCAGGUGAGGACAGGAGCGAGGAGCCAGGCCACAGGAAGGGGGGAGGCGGGAGAGGAGGGGGGAUGUGGAUCCUGGGUCUGGGCUUCAACAGUGUCGACAUGAGUCUGUGUGUCGUCCUCUACGUUUGCUCCUGCCUCUUCCUCAUGCUGCUCUUCUUCUUCUUCAAAGUUCGCUCCAGGAGGUGGAAGCUUCGACACUCCCGCCUCCACGUUUGACCUGAACCAGAUCCAUCCAGACCUGACCGGGUUUGGUUUAGACAGAACCACACAGGUUUAAUACAGGUUCAGUUCAAGGCUGGAAGUUCAGAGCGUCUCUGAAAACGAGCUUCUGCUCUGAACAUGAAGUCGACAUUAAAGGGUCAGACUGAACCGGACCUGGACCCUGGACCCUCUGGCUGUUCGAUGUUAGAGGAUCAGAUGUGGAACUGGGUCUGGACUUGUUGCACUUAAGGACUCAAUUUUAAAUCUGGUCUUGACUCUUAAGAUCUGGAUUCGGACCAGAUCUGAGACCUGGUGUAUUUUACCUGGACCCAGAACUCAAGGACUCAAUGAGAGAACGGACUGGUUCUAAGUUCACUUAAUGCCAAACUCGCCUGUUCUGAGGCUCCGCCCCCUGGUGUAUGUGUCACUGUCGUGUCACUUGAAGAAUGACUGGAUUGGUUUUAUUGAUCUGUUUAUUUUUUGCUGCUGCAGGUUUUUGUUUUGGUGGAUUUGGCACCACCUUGUGGUCGGUGAUUUUAAAAUGUAAAUAUUAAAAGUUUAGAUUUUUAACGUUAUAAGUUUUUAAAUGACGGACAAUGAAAUGAUGAACAUGUCAAGAAAUAUGACUCAUGUAGAAACAUCAGUGUCAAAAGUUUUAAUUUAAUUUUGUUGAUAAUUUCCUGUUCAUGUCGUUUUCAAACUCACUUCAAUUAUUAAUUAUUUUCUAAUAAACAAGAGAAAUAAAAGUUUUUAUUUGUUUGUGUCUGAAGGAAAACGUUGAAGACGAAUAAAACAAAAGUGAAUGAACAAGAUGAAAAAUACAUUUUAAUGAUCAAAUUCAAACUUUAAAUUGUGUUCUAGAAGGUCUGUUUCUUCAACUGCUGUUACCAUGGUAACCAUUAAUUAAAUGUAUUUUUUCAGUUUU